AUGGCGGCACCAAAUGAUAAUGACGCGUCGCUGGCGGACGAAUUGAAGCAGACGACCUCUUCGUCUUCUUCAACGCCAACAGCUGUCGCAAAACUACCCAAGCAGCCUCCUCCAGAGACGAAGGAGAGCCUAUGGCUGCGACGCCUAUCCAUCUUCUCCUUUUGGGCUGUAGUGGUGUUUCUGGGCCUACCAAUAUGGCUGAAAACAACAGCCAUUUACAGGGCGGAGCUGCCCCUACAGGAUAUGACGAACUGGGCUGAGGGCAAGGUCUGUAAGCCAGUCUUCCCUCUGCGGAUAGCAGUAGAAGCCCCGAUCCCUUCUAUGGACGCGCAACACCUUCUUCGCACGACACAGCAUGCCCUUGACGAUAUCAACGACUUCUCCGCGCACCAUCUCCGAUUGAUGCUCGCCGACUCUCCGUUACAGCCAAAUGCCUCGCAACAAGUGAUUAGAGACGGAACAAGCAUCCAGAGCGAUGACAGGGACGUGGCUUUAGUCAUACGACUGAUACCUGUUGAAACGGGCGCGACGCCUCGGUCACACCUCCAGCCAUAUUCGCCAACGCUAGACGUAUACUACUCGCCGAACCAGAUCCCUUCGCAGUCGUCUACCGGCUCCAGUCUGGCCACAUUCCUCGCCCAGGAACUACACAACAUAUUCGCUGAAGAGCAGGCCCAGUUGGCGCACGUGCUAUCGGCUACUUCUGGCGUACAUGCUGCCAAGAUCAAGGCGCUCUCUCCAGAGACGUCCGCAGAGCUCCAACGCCAGUCCACUCGCGCAUUGAAGUAUGCUCCAACAUACCACCUGACUUUCUCCCUAUUUAGCCCUUCAUAUGCCCCUUCCCAGUGGGACAUCGAGACUGCACUCCAAACCUACAUGAGCCCUCUUCUUGACGCUUUUUCGGCCAUCAGCAACUUCACCGUGGACACCCAAGUACAGCUCUACGCGACCUUUGCCCCUUCCGUUCGCCAGCCAGAAUACAAUGAAGAUACAAAAGCAUGGACCCUUCGUAAGGAGGAUCUUAGUGGAUUCGUGAACGCUGCUGAGUGGCCCCUCAGUCCCAGUAUUGGUGAGGGCCCGACAGUUAACUUCAUCCUAUAUGUACCGGACCACACGCAGUCUCCACUCCUAGUCAAGGAGAACGCUGGAAACAGCUGGCUGAUCCCGCAAUGGGGUGGUGUGCACAUCCUCAACUUGGAGGGCGAGGCAAACACGCCGCCUGCGUUGACUGCUGAGAUGCUUGCUCCGGCAAUGCACACCUUCUCGAAUCAGCUCAUCUCGUUGUUUGGCCUGCCGCAGAACCCAGCUUCAUUGCCCCUCCGCAUCUCGACACUCGAACGCGUCCGAGCUGCAUCACUCAUUUUCUCGGCAUCUUCUACGUUGGGAGCUCUAGCUCAAGUGUAUCAAAAGCUUCCUUCUAUUCCAGUCCCGGAUAAUGUCGCCCAUUCUACGCAAGAAACUAUUGUACAUUUGCAACAAGCUUGCGACUACCUUCGAGAUGGCCGCUUCCCGAGCGCCCUAGAACAUGCCCGCGCCGCUGAGGUGGAGGCUGAGAAGGCUUUCUUCGAGCGUUCCAUGGUCGGCCAGGUCUACUUUCCCGAUGAGCACAAGGUCGCUGUGUACUUACCCUUACUAGGACCUGUUGCUGUUCCUCUGGUCAUGGCUGCCCUGAAAGAGCUGAAGUCAGCACUAAAGCGAGGCUGA